UUCUCUCUUCUUCUUGUUCUCCUCCCACCUUCUUCUCUCUCUUGCUGUGCUAAAUCUUCUCCGUCAGAUUCUAACGGAAACGUCAUGAGUUCCUCAGCAAGAACUAAAAAAACCGUUAACAAAGACGGCGAUGAUGAUCCUAAUUCUGAGUAUAAUCAAGAGGAACAAAUAAUCUCGUCAGCAAUCUCUAAUGGUGAAGAUUUAGGUCCAAUCAUUAGAAAAGCUUUCUCAAACGGUAAACCAGAUAUUUUACUUUCAUCUCUCAAAAACUUUAAGAAAUCAAAAGAAUAUGAAAUUGAAGAAGUCUGUAAGAUUCAUUAUCAGGAUUUUAUCACAGCAGUUGAUGAAUUGAAAGAUUUAUUAUCAGAUGUUGAUGAAUUGAAGUCUUCGAUUUCGAGUUCAAAUUCAAUUUUACAAUCAACUGCUUUACCUUUACUUAAUAUACUUGAUAGUUUUAUUGAAUCUAGAAAUGUUUAUAAUAAUGUUCAUGUGGCACUUAAUUCCGUUCAGAUCUGUAUACGUUUGCUUGAACUGUGUUCCAGAGUUAACUUUCAUUUGGAGAGUAAUAAUUUCUAUUUAGCUUUGAAAUGUAUUGAUUUGUUAGAGAAUGAGUUUCUUGAUGAUGGUAGGACUCCGAGUGUAACGAUUCGGAGGAUGUUAGAGAAACAAAUUCCAAGUAUGAGAUUGUUUAUUGAGAGGAAGAUUAGUAAAGAAUUUGGUGACUGGUUAGUUGAUAUAAGACUUGUUAGUAGGAACUUAGGGCAAUUAGCUAUUGGACAAGCUUCAGCUGGUAGACAAAGAGAAGAAGAAUUGAGGAUUAAACAAAGACAAGCUGAAGAACAAAGUAGAUUGAGUUUACGAGAUUGUGUUUAUGCGUUAAUUGAGGAAGAAGAGGAGGAUGAGAGUGGUGAUGGAGUUGGGUAUGAUGGUAAGGAGAUGUUGUAUAGUAAUGGUGGAAGUGGUAUGUUAGGGUUUGAUUUGACACCACUGUAUAGGGCUUAUCAUAUUCAUCAAAAUUUGGGGUUAGAGAAUCGGUUUAAGCAAUAUUACUUUGAGAAUCGAAAGCUUCAAUUGACUUCGGAUUUUCAGGUUUCAUCUAUGACACCCUUUUUGGAAUCACAUCAGACAUUUUUUGCUCAAAUCGCGGGGUUCUUUAUUGUGGAGGAUCGGAUUUUAAGGACGGGUGGGGGGUUGAUUACGAAAUAUGAAGUUGAGAAUUUGUGGGAUACUGCUGUUAGUAAAAUGUGUUCUGUUUUAGAAGAUCAAUUCUCUAGAAUGCAAACUGCAAACCAUCUUUUGCUUAUUAAAGAUUAUGUUAGCUUGCUUGGUGUUACUUUGCGCCGAUAUGGUUACCCGGUUCAUGCUUUGCUUGAUGUUAUAGGCAAGCAUAGAGAUAAAUAUCAUGAACUUUUGCUUUCUGAAUCCAAGAAAUUGAUUGGGGAAGCUCUUGCUGCGGAUAACUUUGAACAGAUGAUGAUGAGGAAAGAGUAUGAGUAUUCAAUGAAUGUUUUGGCGUUCCAAAUACAAACCUCUGAGAUUAUGCCGGCGUUCCCCUAUAUUGCACCAUUUUCUACUACGGUUCCAGAUUGCUGCCGAAUUGUCCGAUCCUUCAUUGAGGAUUCUGUGAGCUUCAUGUCAUAUGGGGGACAACUGGAGUUCUACGAUGUUGUAAAAAAGCAUCUGGAUCGGCUUCUGACUGAUGUUCUGGAUGGGUCACUUCUUAAGCUCAUUAAGUCUCCUUCGGUCAAUGGAGUGUCUCAGGCAAUGUUAGUUGCAGCUAACAUGGCUGUUCUUGAACGAGCUUGUGAUUUCUUCUUUCGUCAUGCUGCACAGCUUUCAGGUAUCCCGUUGAGAAUGGCAGAAAGGGGUAGAAAGCAGAAUCCUUUGAAUAAUGCCCGUGAUGCUGCAGAAGAGGUUCUUUCAGGGCUGCUGAAAGCCAAGGUUGAUGGGUUUAUGACUUUGGUCGAGAAUGUGAAUUGGGUUUCAGAAGAAGUUCCUCACAAUGGGAAUGAAUAUGUGAACGAAGUGAUCAUUUAUCUUGAGACUCUGGUGUCUACUGCUCAGCAGAUAUUGCCGGUUCAAGUACUUAAGAGGGUCUUAAAAGGCGUUCUUUCACAUAUAUCAGGGAAGAUUGUCAGCAUCUUACUGUCGGACUCUGUUAAGAAAUUCAAUAUAAGUGCUAUUACAGGAAUUGACGUGGAUGUUAGGUUGUUAGAAUCAUUUGCAGAUAACUUAUCUCAUCUUUUCUCAGACGAAGAUGCAAGUCAGUUGAAGUUGGCAUUAGUGGAGUCGAGGCAACUAAUGAACUUGCUUUUGAGCAGUCAUCCGGAGAAUUUUCUUAAUCCUGUGAUCAGGGAGAGGAGUUACAACACUUUGGACUAUAGGAAAGUGAUUUCAAUAUCAGAGAAGUUAAAGGAUUCUUCAGAUAGUUAUUUUGGAAGCUUUGGAGGGAGGGGAACCAAACAAGACCCCAAGAAGAGGUCCCUUGAUGCUUUGGUCAAGAGACUCAAGGAUGUGAGCUAAGCGGGUAUGAAACCAUAGUCGACUCCUGCUUCUUCUUCUUCUAACAUUGCUUCUUCUUCUUCUUUUUUUCCUCUCCCGCUGUCUCACUGUGGUCUUGUUAAGAUCGACUCAUUUUUCUAACAUUGCUUAUGGACACAUUAGCCCAUGCCUAUAGAUGUGUAUCUUUUGACCUCAUUUUGUAUGUAUUUGUUUCAUAUUGUCUAGUUUUUGGAAUUCAUUUUAUGCCGCAUUCAUGUGUAUUCUGUUAUUUUUUGUAUUUGUUCUUCUCUUUGGUGUGGAUGUAUAAAGUAGACGACUGUUGUAAACAAUAAAGAUAUCAGUUGAUUUGGCUGAUGAGUUUCCUACCA